AGCCAGCUGUACAUACUGAGAGGCUCCAGAUAUUGGUGGUCUCUUUGAUCCAUCUUGUAUUGGAACCUGUUUCCUUAAAUGGGUUUGAGAAGAUGGGGAUAUAAUGGGGACAGGGGAAGAAGGAUUCACUAUUCUUUUCUAUGCUUGGUAGCGGUGAGAACUGAGAACAUUAAACCGCCAUUGUGAACUCUAAUGAAGCGGAUUCUCUUGUCCCUAAAGAAAAAAGAAGGUCGAGUGUUGGCAGCAAGAUAGCAAUGUUGACCAACAUUUAUCUUAUCAUCGAAUCCAGAAUACAAUCCGAUCUACAAAAUGAGAUCUCAAGUGUGUUUUGACAUCAAACAGUAAGGAUCUUGAGUUUUCGAGAUACGAAUUCAUCUAAUAACAGUUGCCUAGUUCAUGUUCUUCAUUCUGUCCACUCACUCUACUGACCACUAACUCUGGUCCCUCAAAUCCAAAAUUUGAUAAGGUAACUCUACAACCUAAUUUGAAGAGUGCAUCAGCUUCAUAUGAAGACAAACGGAAGAAGCAGCAACAAACGGAAGAAGCAGCAGCAAAACAACCCCAAUGGCCGGGUCCCCGAAAUCCCCGACGCCCUGCCUCUCGUCGGCCAUCUCCACCUCCUCGGCGGCAACCAGACCCUCUCCCGUAAACUCAAAGUCCUCAAUCGCCAUGAAAGAUCCCUGGAACAAAUGAAGGACGCGGAAAAGGAUCGGGGAUCAAAAGUUGGGUUUGUUUCUUUGAUAGACAGAGUAGAGCUAAGGGCUGUGUAAGAAAGAGACGAGGAUGUUGUAGGUGACGCAGCUAAUCUUCCGGCCGAGCACGACGGCGGUGACGACCGGGUCGAGGACGGUGUGGUGGUUGCAGACGAAGAGGACGCCCGACUGCCCCUUUCUAGACGACGGCGAGUGUGACGGAGACGGGGCCUAUGCUUUAGAGCGAACUGGAAAAUGUGUAGGGUUAAUUCUUAUUUAUUAUUUUUAUUGUUAAUUUACCCUUAUACCUUUAAUGAAUCUUGUUGUUAGUA